UCGCUCUCGUCUAGUGUCAUUGUGUGAAUGCAUUAUCAAUAUUGUCCUAGGAUCCAGCAAUAAAAUAAAAGUUAGUACGGACGUGUUUAAUCGCGUUCGUUUAUAGAAUUUGUUGUUCUGUUAUUAAAACAAUAAAUCAAGAAUGGCAGACAACGAACAAAAAGCAUUACAGCUUAUGGCUGAUGCUGAGAAAAAGCUUAAUUCAUCCAAAGGACUUUUUAGCUCUCUCUUUGGCAGUACUUCAAAGGUAGACGAAGCAGUAGAAUGUUAUCAACGAGCAGCAAAUCUGUUCAAAAUGGCCAAGAAGUGGGGAAAUGCUGGAAAUGCUUUCUGCGAGGCUGCAAUUCUUCACGGCAAAGCUGGUAGUAAACAUGACGCAGCUACAAAUUAUGUUGAUGCUGCUAAUUGUUACAAGAAGACUGAUGCAAAUGAGGCUUCUAGCUGUCUUCUAAAGGCCAUUGAGAUUUAUACAGACAUGGGAAGAUUUACGAUGGCUGCUAAGCAUCAUCAAACCAUAGCUGAAAUGUAUGAAAAUGAAGCUGUAGACUUGGAACGUGCUGUCCAUCAUUAUGAACAAGCAGCUGAUUAUUUCAAAGGCGAAGAGAGUAUCUCAUCCGCCAACAAAUGCCUUUUGAAAGUUGCUCAGUACGCUGCGCAGCUUAAAAAUUAUGAAAAAGCUAUUCAAAUUUAUGAGCAGGUUGCAAUGUCAUCACUUGAAAGUCCGCUACUCAAGUAUAGUGCAAAAGAAUACUUUUUCAGGGCAGCACUUUGUAACUUGUGUGUCGACGCACUUAAUGCUGAGCAUGCUAUUGAAAGAUACAAUGAACAGUAUCCAGCAUUCCAAGAUUCUAGAGAAUAUAAACUCAUAAAGACAUUGAUUGAACACCUUGAAGAACAAAACAUCGAAGGUUUUACAGACACAGUUAAGGAAUACGAUUCAAUUUCACGAUUAGAUCAGUGGUAUACGACGAUACUACUUCGUAUAAAGAAACAAAUAAAUGAUAACCCUGAUCUCCGCUGAUCAGUGAUUGUAGUUGUUCAGUGCAUUAUGUCAUCGGUAUUCUUCCUCUCUUUACCAUGUUUGUAUUUUUUUCCAUUCGAAAUUCGGCUCUCAUCAAUUGUUAAUUGAUUUAUUACUUAGACAUUGAAUUCCAUUAAAGCCUUAAUGAUCUUGUUCACAGUCCAUCCAUUAAAUAUUCAAUAUUUUGUUGCUAAUAAUUCAGACCUCAUUGAAUUAUCAAACUUCUUAACAGACUGCAAACUGUAAACCGCGCUUGAUAGUAUAGUUCAUUCAUUGAUCAAUUAGUUAGGUUCACUUUAAUUGAUAUUGAAAAAUUAAUAAGUAAGUAGUAUAACAAUUAUUAUCAAGCAACUAAAACAAUUUAAUUAGUUAUCAUGAAUGGUUCAAAUCACAAGAAGAGGAAUAUUAUGUUUGUUUUUAUUUUUUUUUAUAUAUAUAUAUAUUUUCUUCAGAUAAAUAUGUUACUAUGGAUUUUAAAAAAAUGUUAAUGGAUAUUAUUUAUUGUAUGUUAAUUGUAUAAUUAUUUCAUUGUAAUAUUUUGUCGGUCAUAAUCCUUAAUCAUGUCAGCAAACAAAAGUAAUUAAAUUUCAAUGAGACGAUAGUUAAACAAAAUAAAAAACUAUAAUUGGCAUUAUUUGAUUUAAAGAAAUUUAUGUUUGUUGAUAAGAUUCAAUUUUACAAGUAGAAUAAAUUUACUGGUGACAUUGCUGACAAAACUUUAAUUGAUUUUUUUUGUGUACUCAUUGCUACUCAAUGCAUCGUUAUAUAAAUAUUAAUUAUUGUGUAUUUAAGACAUUAGGGGAAUUUAAUUCCAAUUAAGCUCUGAUUAGUAAAGUUAAAUAAUAAACAAAUAAAAUAAUUAGUAACAAAAAAAAAAAUAUCAUUCAUUCAAAUAUCGCGUAUCGUAAAGUAAUGAGGAAGAGUAAAAAAUCAUUCAUUAACUUCAUUAAGUAAAAACAUUUUUAUUCUUAUGAAGGUAAUUUAUCUUCUGGCUAUAAUCAAUUAUUAAAUAAUAUAUUAAUUGAAUUAAUGAAUUAAUAAAAUAAUCGUAGGUUUGACACCCACGUGGAAUAAUUACAUUCCACUAAUUAUUAUUAUGUACUACACUCGCAUACAAGACAGCCGAUAAACGUAUACAUGUAUACGAGGAUAAAAAAUAAACUUAUAAAUCUAAUUCAAAAA